CGACUAGAUUCAGAGGGCGAACAUAAGCGGAGAAGAAUGCCCUCUUUUUUCUCUGCAACUUCUUGCUCGGUUCUUUCCGCUAGAGCCUUCCAAUCUUCCUCAGCUUUCCCCUUCUUACCUCAAAACCCUAGGUCUCUUCCCUCUGCGUUUUCGAAACUUCUCGAGUUCCGGUGCCACCGGAGGAGUAUCAAAUUCAAACAAAAUCACGAACCGAUCAGAACGAGUUAUGCCUGCGUUAAGCUAAAGGAAACCGUCGAGGAUAUCAAGCAAGGCAAAAUCAGGCUCGAUUCUUGGAUCUCUUCUCGGAUUGAAGGCAUCAGUAGAGCUUCGAGUGCAGUCGAGUGUAAAGUCAGGCCUCGUCAUCGUGAACGGCCGCGUCUUCGAUAAGGUCUCGCACAAUUUGAGAGCAGGAGAUAAGGUGAAUUGCGUAAUUUCGGACUUGCAGCCAUUGAGGACUGAACCUGAAGAUAUGCCGUUGGAUAUAGUUUACGAAGAUCAGCAUGUUCUUUUAGUUAAUAAACCUUCACCAGCUGGAAAUGCUUCUGGCACUCUUGUAAAUGGCCUUCAGCACUGUAGUCUACUGACAGCUGCAUUACCAGAGGAGGAGCUUCUUUCAGAUACGGAGGAUGUAUCUGAUGAUGAAGGUUUCUAUUUGAGUUCAUCUCAGGCAUCUAUUCACCCAGGGAUUGUACACAGAUUGGACAAAGGCACCAGUGGAUUGCUUGCUGCUGCAAAGGAUGAACACUCUCGUGCCCAUUUGUCAGAACAGUUAAAGCUACAUGCUAUCCAGACUCCAGAGAGUAUACUUCAGCCUUGUGGAGUGCCAUCACCAUUUGCUGGACUUGUUAAUCUUCCAAUUGGCCGGGGUUUGAAUAAUUGGAUUUGUAUGGUUGCCCUACCUGGAUUGAAUUACUGUGGGACGAGCAUGUCAUGCUGCCAGGACAAAGUGAUUGAAAUACUGGCUGAUGGUGCUUCUGCACUGAUUCGUGCACAUGCAAAGUACAUGGGAAUUCCUUUAUUGCGUGAUGAGGUGUAUGGAGGGACAAAGAGCAUGGCCUUCUCACUGCUGUGGCCUAGAACCUCACCCAGCUCUCAUGGUCAAAUUUCAGAAUUGAUUUCUGGACUAGAGAAGCCUUUCCUUCACACCUUGUCUCUUGGCACCCAUACACAGGUGAGAAGGUACACAUUUCAUGCCCACCUCCUCCAGAUUUUGCUGAGGUUUUGAGGCAGCUUUGCAACAUUAGCACAGAAGGUAAGUUCUCAUUAAGACACUCGUUUCUUCUAGAAAAUUAAUCAGCACAUAUGUUAAUGAUAUAUGUGGAACAAAAAUCCAUUAAUUGAUAUUGGCUCUUCAAUAAUAAAAUAGAUCAGGAGGAAUUGUGGCUUUCCAAUAAUAUAUCAAUAAUAUCAUCACUGACUG